AUGGCUACCCAUUUGGAAACAAACCUUGGAUUAUUGCAGGAAUUGAUAAAUAAAGAUCCAGAGUCAUACAAAGAAGAAUUCUUAGCAGAAUACAAUUUCUAUAUUAAAACAAUACAGUUAUUAAGAUUGCAACCGAGUUUAAAUCAUGCGGAUCUGCAGUCACUGCUUGAAUUGAUUAAUUUCUUGGCGUCUGCUAGUAGUCACUAUCCAAAAGAGGGUGCGGAAUAUGCAGCUAGUAUUAUGGAAAUUCUGAGUAGUCGACUUACAGGACUUGACCCAGAGAUUCGUGUGGCAUUUUGUAAAGCUCUUGUUAUACUACGAAAUCGCAGAAUAGUUGAUCCGUUGGCUGUUAUGGAUUUGUUUUUUACUCUUGUUCCUUGCGAAGACAAAAAUUUGAGGAAGUUUAUCUGCGGGUCAAUAAAAGCUUUAAUAAAAAAACUUACACUACAAUAUCGGGAUCAAAAGAUGCUGUCUAAAGUCCGAACUUUUUUGUUUACGAAGUUAAAGGACUCUCGAUCCAUUGUGGUUCGCACAGCUGAAUUGGUACUUGUCGAUGGAUUUCGAAAGGGUUUUUUGAAAGAUGCUAAAACAGCGAACGCUUUAGCAGAGUGUUGUCUUCACAAAAUUUCACGCAUUCAGAUUGCAGCAAUAAGGUUUUUCCUUGGCUCAAUGGAAGAUAACGAUUCAGAUGACGACGAAAGUGCAAGUGAAGAAGAUCAAAAAACUUUAAAAGAAGUUGUCGUUGCAUAUAAAGCUGCAAAAAAGACUCGUAAAAAGAAGGAAAGAUAUAUGAAAGCUAAGAAACUGUUAAGCAAAGGCAAAAAAUCCAAAAAUGAAAAUGCCGGAAAAUUCUGCAAUUUAUUAGCAAUUCGUUACAUUUAUGAUCCUCAAACAUUUGCUGAGCGGUUGUUCGGGUUAUUGGAGAGCAGGAAGAAUGAGAAAUUCGAAACGCGUCUUCUGUGUAUGGCGCUAUGUGCCCGACUGAUUGGUACUCACAGAUUGCAAGCAUUAUCGUUUUAUUCCUACAUGCAUCGCUUUCUCCAGCCAAAACAAAGAGAAAUUACCAGGAUAUUGCUAUAUGUAGCACAGGCUUGUCAUGAAUUGGUACCACCAGAUAUUAUCGAACAGCUGGUGUAUGUUAUUGCCCAGAAUUUUGUUUCUGACAGAAAUACACCGGAGGCAGUAACAGUUGGAUUAAAUACUAUACGUGAGAUAUUCGCAAACUGUCCAUUUGCUGCAACAGAGGAUCUACUUAGAGAUUUGACUGAUUACAAACGCUUUAAAAACAAGAAUGUGUCUAUGGCGGCACGAGGUAUUAUCACUUUGUUUCGCGCUGUCAAUCCGAAGCUUUUACAUAGGAAGGAUCGGGGAAGGCCAACACAAAAAUUAAAAGAUUUGAAAGUAGCUGAAUUCGGUGUUGAAUAUGCGAAAGAAUUCGUGGAAGGAGCAGAAUGUUUACCAGUGGAAGCUGAUGCAAUUGAUAGGGAACUGGACGAUGAAAGCGACGAUACUGAUUUUGAUUCUGAUUUUGACACUGAAUUUGUUGAACAUGACUCUUUGGAUUCAGAUGUAAAUAUGGAUUCAUGCGGUAAUCACAUAGUAGUAGCUGAUAUUUGCGUAAACAAUGCAAAAUCUCCGAAUAAAGAGUCUCUUGAAACGAAUGAUCAGAAAAUCACAUUUUCUGAGACAAAAAAGAAAGCAAGGCGGGUAUGUGAAACUCGAAUCUUAACUCAAAAUGAUUUCCGCAAAAUCAAUGCUUUCCGUUUGAAACAACAAGUAGGAUAUGAUGGGAAGCGAAGAAACGAUGACAUAAAAUUGGAAGAAGAACUGGGAGAAACCAUCGCUAGGCACAAUGAAGAGAAUGGUUUAACACGGCUUAAAGACAUUGAAAAAUUCCAUAAAAAAUUGAGAAAAGAAACAAAAGAAGAACGUAUGGAGACAGUAAAGAAAGGCCGAGAAGGACGUCAACAGUUUGGAAAGCCGAAAAAGGCGGGACCACACGUUGGGCGUACAAACAGAGAACUGAUGAAACGGAAGAAUUUCCAAAUGGUGAGGCAUAAACUGAGAGGGAAGAAUCGCCAAAGGAGUUUUAAAGAACGUCAAGAAAGUUUGCGGAAAUAUCUUUUGCGUCAGGCGGGUCGGAAGAUCUAA